AUGAAUUGUGACUUUACCGAAUUCAAUAUAAGUUUUUUCGCUGUUUUCAGAUUUCCUACUCCGAAGAGUCGAGAGAUGUUGUUAGUUGGCCGACUCUGUAUAGUUUUAUAUUGUUUGCAAUACAUUCAUUGUAAUAUUCUGGAUCUGGAAUACGAGGAGAUCGCUCAUAAUAUCCUGUUCCCUCCUACGGACAGGAGUGCUGAUGCCCUCCCCGUGAAUAUAGGGAGAGACAAAGUAUCUGGUUGUAUUUGUAGAGGCACCAAGAACCGUGAACUCAUCGUCUGCUUUGGGAACUACGAAUGCAAGAGAUUCCCUCAGGUGAAAGUAAGAAGCAGACAUCUUAUUGUAAGGACGACGGUUCUACCAGAAAUACGUGUUGGAGAUUUGGAUUCUUUAUAUUAUUUGACGAGUUUAAAAAUAGAGUCUAAUCAUAAACUCAAAUAUUUACAACCAAGAAUAUUCCGUAACCUGACCAGGUUGAGAGAUCUCUCGAUAUCAUACAACACAGACCUCCGUGUUAUACUGAACAGUGUAUUCGAAGGACUGGUCAGUCUUCGAGAGUUGAAGUUGGUAAAUAACGGAUUCACAAAUAUAUUCUCUCUAACCUCCGCUCUCAAACCGGUCAUGUUACCAUCCUUGAAGAAAUUGGAUUUGUCAGAAAAUUCAUUGGAGAAAAUUCCUCAAACAGCGUUUAAACCGAUGAUUGGUUCGACUUUGGAAGCGCUGUGUAUCAGUCUCUGUCGCAUCGACUUCAUUCAUCCAGAUAGUUUUAUACCACUUAAAAUGUUACGAGAUCUGAGUAUUGGAGAAAAUGACUUAAAUUCCUCUAUCAUUAAUGACUUUCUAGUCAAUCUUCAGAAGCAUGGCGUUAACCUGAGGCAUCUAGACUUAUCCGGUAUUGGAUUCCGAAAGCAUCCGCCGAAAAAACUAUUAGAAACUAUAGCAAAUACGACGAUAGAACGACUCACACUAGCUGAUAAUCAAUUUGAAAUAAUCACAGAUGAUACUUUCCCUACAAUGAAGAACAUUAAAGUACUGGACCUUCGGAGAGUCAGUGCCAUAUCUAUAGGACCGAAGGCAUUCGAACCAUUAAAAUUCCCGAGUCUAAGAAUAUUAUUACUCAGCGGUAAUCACUUACCGGGUAUACACCUCAAACAUGUAGCAAACCAGCAAAUCCUAUUGAUGGAUUUGUCGUCUAAUAAAGGAACGGCGUCGAGUCCUUUCUAUUAUGAAAUCGACAGAGGAGCUUUCGAUCACUGUGGACACUUGAGGAUUCUCAAUCUAGCUUUUAAUAGAAUGAAGUCUAUAUUCGAUUACACGUUUACUGGAUUGGGUAGACUCAAACUGCUCAACUUAGAGAACGGCACCAUCUUCCACAUUGGGAACGGAACGUUCAAACCAUUGAAGAAUUUAGAAAUACUUAAUCUUGCGAAUAAUCCGCUGGCGGCGAAUGAGAAUUUAACCAGUGCCAUGUUCGAUGGAUUGAAUAUGCUUAAAAUAUUAAUACUUAAAAACUGUGGAAUCAAAUAUUUUAAUGAGGACGAUAAUAUAUUUGAGUCGAUGCCCAACCUCACUCAUUUAACAUUAAGAAACAAUGAACUGUAUUUUAUAACGAGUGAACUAUUCAAGCCAUUAAAAAACUUACAGGAACUAGAUCUAAGUGAUAAUUUAAUAUUAUCUUGGUGGAGACCUGUGUUUUAUACGUCCGGUAUCAGACCGCACAGCGUUUAUUUAGCAGACAAUAAAAUUUCACACUUCACUCUCAACAUGAUGAAGGACAUAAAUUACUUGUUGGAAAACAAAGGAAACUUCACAGUUGAAAUAGAUUUGAUGGACAAUGUUUUCAUCUGUGACUGUCCUUCCAUGUAUAAUACUUACAAGUGGUUACAAAUCAACGGUUCUGAGGAACUCAAAAUAUAUUUCGCUCACUCUACUUUUCUCUGCAGCAGCCCUGACGUGUGGGAAGACAGGAGGGUAGCAGACUAUCUGCUCAGUAUAAAGAAUCUUAAUUGUCUCAUGUUUGAUAAGUUCUCCAACUUAAUGCUGAUGGUGUGGACCGCUCCCUCGAUAGUUAUGCUCAUCAUAGUAUUAUUAAUAAUAGGCGUUGCAUGUAAAUAUAGACUUUAUAUUAGAUAUUGGUUAUUUUUAGCUAAGAUUGCGUUAGGAAGAAAAUUUAUAAGAAAAUCUUUAAAGAAUGGCGCCGUUUUAAAGCGAGGCGAUUACAAAUAUGACGCUUUUGUAUCUUACUGUAACGAAGACAGAGAAUUUGUCGCCGAAAUGAUAACUCAGUUGGAAUGUACUCCGCCGUAUCUAAAACUGUGUAUUUACGAGCGAGAUUUUGAGAUAGGUUCCUUUAUAUCGGAAUCUAUAUUAGGAAGUAUAAAUGUAAGUAGAUACAUAAUACUGAUAAUAAGUAAUCAUUUCGCAAAAUCUCAGUGGUGUAGAUGGGAGACACAGCUAGCAGAGUAUCACAGACUGUUUCUUGAAGACGGCACCUCCUACGACCCGCUGGUGCUCAUAAGAAUAGGUGACGUGGAGAAUAAACAUUUAACAACGACUUUGAAAUUUUUAUUGAAAACUAAGAUUUAUAUAACCUGGGGCGAACAACAACCUAACGAAUUCUGGAAGAAACUCAGAAACGUUAUUUGUAAAUAUAAAUGA